AUGCAAAGCAGUAAAGAGGCUGCGUUCACGUACGCCAUCAUCGCAGCAGGAGUGACUCAUGCCAUCACAGCCGCCUGCACGCAGGGAAACCUCAGCGACUGCAGCUGCGACAAAGAGAAGCAGGGCUUCCACGGUCACGCCGACGGCUGGAAAUGGGGCGGCUGCUCGGCAGACAUCCACCACGGCCUGGGCUUCUCCAAAGUCUUUAUGGACGCCAGAGAGAUCAAACACAGCGCCAGGACGCUUAUGAAUCUACAUAACAACGAAGUAGGGCGAAAGGUCCUGGAGAGGAGCAUGCGGCUGGAGUGUAAAUGCCACGGUGUGUCUGGAUCCUGCACCACCAGAACCUGCUGGAUGACCCUCCCCAAGUUUCGCGAACUCGGCUACAUCCUCAAAGACAAAUACAGCCACGCCGUCCACGUGGAGCCGGUCAAAGCCACGCGCCACAAGCGGCCCACUUUCCUCAAGAUCAAAAAGCCCUACUCGUACCGCAAGCCCAUGGACACGGAUCUGGUGUACAUCGAGAAAUCGCCCAGCUACUGCGAGGCGGACCCCGUGACAGGCAGCGUGGGCACUCAGGGCCGGGUGUGCAAUAAGACACUGAUGCACCAUCCCAACGGCUGUGAGCUGAUGUGCUGCGGCCGCGGAUACAACACACACCAGUAUUCACGCGUCUGGCAGUGCCACUGCAAGUUCUUCUGGUGCUGCUACGUCAAAUGCAACACUUGCAGCGAGAGGACAGAGGUGUACACAUGCAAAUGAGCGAUGCUUAUGCUUUUUGAGAGGGCCUUUCAUCCUGACAUUACUGUAAAAGAUGACUUAAUCAGGUGGCAUUUGUUCUUUUGCACAAGACCUUACUUCAGACUCACUCUAAUGGAAAAUCGUCAAGAUUGUCAAAGCUUUACUCUGGAGAAAGAAUUGCAUGAGAAGGAACGUGGAACUAAAAGUGUAAAUGACUGUACCUUUGAUGCUACACAGCUUUCCUCGCUUUCUUCCAUAAAUCCUGAAGCUGUCUGGACUAAAAGAAAGCUCUCUGUAAAACCCAUAACAACGACCUGCACCUUGAUUGUACCAAUGGAGCUACUGAGACAUGGACGUCUUGCAGGCAUGCAGCGAAAUGUACAGAGACAUUGACAAAUAGAGCAAAACAGCAGGGUUCCAGAAGUAGAGGAGAGGACUUUCUUUUAUGUUUUUGCUACAAAUCAACC